CACCGAACAAUAUUCCGUUCCGACGACGCUGAUUGGCUGGACCACAUCGAUAUUUCUGACGCCUCGAGAUUCAAUCCCAUCAGCCUCGUCUCCGAAUCCCUCCUUGACGGUGCAGCGAUCACAACCAGCUGUCUCUCAUUCAGCCGCAACAAUGUCUAAAUCGGUCGCCUACAAACACCUCGUUCGCGCCGUCUCCCUCUGGCCCAAAGACCGUCUCCGCCCAGACUGCCAGCUCCAAGAUAUCCUCCUCGCGCGUGCAAAGAAGACCUUCGUCCCCGCCUCCUCCGCAAUCGGCGCCCCGGCGCCAACUAUCAACGAGAGAGCCGAGCUCGAGAACGCGAACGCGUUAUACAGUCUCCUCGACAACCGCUAUGCAUUGAGAUACCAACCCCGCAAGAACCUACUCAUGCGUCCAGCGAGCAACCCGGACCACUAUAACGAUAUCAUCGAGGAGAUUGAUGCUGCGCCGAGCCGCGGGAUGUUCGGACGGAUCAAAAAUCGUCUGUCGGGGUUGUUGAGAUUUUCUUAGGUGCGAUGUGGCGGGGGAUGUACGAUACCAGCUGUGUAAAAUGUACGAUGUAGGCCCAGGAUAAGGCUCGAAAAGACAGAGAGGUUGAGAUGAGAAGAAAGUUAUUGGGGAAUAUAUGGUAUAGCUUGGCGUUUACGGAGAAACAGUGUAUGAUACAAUAGCCACUAGCGACAGAUAGAGAGACGAUUGGGAGGAAUGCCUAUGUAUAAAUGUUAUCCAGCAUCUCUCACAAC